CCUUGCUUAAUCAAAAAUGUCCUUAUGAUAAUAAUAAUUGUGUUGGAGAAUUUGUAGUCAAAAAAAAAGCAAAACUUAAUCCAGCUUUAAAGGAUCAUUGGUUUGUGGGUUGUUCACAAUAG